AUGCACCACCAGUGUCCCCCAGAGUUUGAGCCCUGGGACCAUACCCCACCACCUUGCGAGCUCAAAUCCAAGUGUCCGAUCUCUUUCUCCAACACUAUCAAUGACAAGCAGGAAGCACUGCCCCCAAAAUUCAAAGUUUGGUAUUCUACUGAGGCAGCCAGCUAUGAUGGGGCUCCAGCUUCAAUGCGAGCAGGCCAACCUACACUGGGUUAUGACGGAGAGGAACAGCAACCUCAACUGAGCAAGCAACAGCAUCCUGCAAGUGCUUCCAUUCACCAUGGCAACAAGGAUCAGCCUCCACGCCCAAAGCCGAAACCUCGUUGCACUGUUCACAAGCACGAGGAUUCAGUAAGCAAGCUCGUGACUGAGCAGUCAGGUAUGACUGGGCAGUCCCAGCCAGCACCACUGCAAAACUUUUUGAUGCCCCCCCUUGCUCCCUCAAAGCAAAAAGGAAAGAAGAAAGCCACCAAGGCUCUAGAUGCCCCUCGAAGAACCUCUGGUCGACGAAAGAACGGUUACUACAUCAGUAAACCACAAUGGUCUGUACAGAGCUGUACAGAGCUGUACAGUUCACCAGAGCCACAGCUUGGUCCCACUGUCACAGACAGGCCCAUCUCUGUACAGCUCUGUACAGAGCUUCCCAGAGCUCCACAGUAG